AUGUCCGACGCGAACGACAUCGGGAGAAAGGGAUCUCUCUUCCUGUCCAUCCUAUUCUCGUUCAUUGGAGCUGGCCUCUCAAUUGCCGCAAUUUUGACACCAUCUUGGCAAAUUGUCAAUUUGAGAGAGUACGGAUCGAUUCAUGAGCACGGACUCUGGCUGGAUUGCACAAGACACAGCAGAGAUGGGAAUCAUAUUUUGCAGAGAUACGCCACUGUCACUGAGCCCCUCCACUGUGUCUACAAGUUUGACUAUGACAAGUAUUCUGGAACUUUCGAACUGGAAGAUGACAAUAGUCCAGUUGGAGAGGUCAACAGGCAUAAAUUCUAUGGUUGGCACACAUCUACCAUGAUUCUUCUUGGAUUUGCUCUUCUCACCACGGGACUCUCCACUUUUAUUGGUGCCUGUGCUUGCUGUCACUCGUCUCUCGCUCUAUUCUUCACCAUAAUUACCCUGUUGACAACGCUUCUCUCCGCGAUCGCCGAAGGCAUCUUCUUCUUCUACUCUCAUCGUGCCGACAAUCGAUUCAUCAAAGGAAUCGUUGGAACGUAUGAACAACGUGUCGGAACUGCAUUCUUCCUUCAAAUGGCUGCUGCAUUCUGUCAUUUGAUUUCAUUCCUUAUCGCAAUGCUCUUCACCUACUUCUCAUUCGCUUCCGCUAAGGAUUCUGAUGGAUUCAGCAUUCAGAGAUCGUCCAGAACCAAUGUUACCAAUAUUGGGAGAUCAAUUGAGUUCGACGCUCCACUGAUGUACCCUCCACAGACGCCAGUUUCCGCAUUCAGAGCUAACUAUUUGGAUGAAAAACCAGUUAUUGCUGAAAGUAUGCCAGAGUUGGGACAGAGAGGCGCCUACCCAUCGAACGACUUCUUGGCGUCCAGAAUCCGUAGGAAAAGUGAAACAUGUGUUUAA